AUGGAGGCCUCAGAUGGACCAGGGGGUGAAGGAGACAAGCCACUAGAGAAGGUGACCAAUGUGUCCUGCUUAGAGAGGAGCUCCAGCACCAUUCCCGCCGGAGACUCACUCGUCUGCCAUGCCAAGGGCCUGGACCAGGACACCUUCAAAAUUUGUAAAGAAUGCUUAAGGCCACUGAAGAAGUUCCUGCGAAAGUUACACCUGCCCAAAGACCUUCCCCAGAAGAAGAGGCUGAAGUACAUGAAGCAGAGCCUUGUGGUCCUAGGGGACCACAUCAACACCUUUCUGCAGGAUUACUGCCAAGCCUGGGAAAUCAAAUACUGGAAGAAGAUGCUCUGGCGAUUCGUGUCCCUCUUCUCAGAACUGGAAACAAAGCAGCUUCGCCAGCUCUACAAGUACACCAAGACUAACCAGACAGCCGAGUUCCUGGUGGCGUUCUGCCCCUUGGACUCUUCAGAGAGAUCCUUGCUGGCCGACCUGGAGGACAGUCUGCCCAAACUCUGCAAUGCCUGGGGUCUACACAGCAACAUCAGCGGCAUGAAGGAGAGGCUGUCCAAGAUGCAGGAUCCUGGCCGAGAGGCCGCCAUGCUGGGGGAGCCAGGGUCCCCAAACAGGAGAGAUUCUUUGAGGAAACUUCCUCAAAAACCAAAACUCAAGAGGAAGAGAAUUAAGGAAGCCCCAGAAACUCGAGAGUGCCCCAUAAAAAGACCCACUGGGACAGAGGGUCAGCUCACGCUGGCUCCCUGA